GCUGGCAGGUGAAAUCCCUCUCCCGUGAGCAGCGGCGUCUGGAGCUGGGGGUGCUCGGAGCUGGAGCCGCUGCCUUGAGUUCUCGUGGUACUGAAGUUACAGAAUCUGUAUUACGUUUAUGUAUUUUUUUUUUUUUUUUUACUGUUACUGGUAAUUAUUACAGGUUUUACGGUUUAGUGUUUGAAAGAGACGUUGGUAACUGAUUAGGUGCGCUGUAGUCAUGUCAGGAUCAGGAUCGGCCCCAGAGGAGCCUCGGACCUCCACUCCUCCCAGCACGGCCAGUGUUCCCAAGCCUGCUUCGGCUGCUGGCGGACCUGGAGGCCCAAGUGACGUUUCCUUUGGUGAGCAAAACCUUAGCUUCUCCACCACAGACCUCAGCCUGGUGGAGAUGACGGAAAUAGAGUACACCCAGCUCCAGCACGUACUUUACUCACACGUGGAGGCACAAGCUGCUGAAGGUGAAGUAGAAGCUAGGGUCAGUUCCACUUUCUUAGCUGGCAGCUCCGCAGAGCCCCCUCUGCACCAGGCCUCAGUGAACGCCAGUCAGGACGGGUGUUCCUCAGACAGCUCUGGGAGCCAGGUGGUUUUCCCGGUUAUCUGCCAGUCAGGAUUUCCUCCUGACAGCAAUUUGCUAAGUUCAAACCCCUUUGUGGGCCAUGUUGACUUCCAGGAGCUCAGAAUGAUGUUACUUAGUGAGUCCAACCCCCCUGCGAACCAAGCAGAUAAAACGCCCAAGGGUAGCUCUGUAGAAGUCGCAGGACACAGUUUAGUAAAGGUUAAACGUGACAGUUCUGUUGGGACAAAUAAAGAAAACAUUCCUGUCAAAAAUUCGGCACUGGCAUCAGAGUCUAGAUCUAAAUCUGCAGUCAGAGUUCGAUUGGAAGACAGAUUCAACAGCAUCCAGACAGAAAAACCCAGAUGUCAAGAACCCCAAGAAUCUGGAGUAACUCUUAACAAUUUAGUAACAUUGAUUCGACAGCCAUCGGAACUGAUAGGUGUUCCUCUUCACCAGCAUCAAAACAAGUGCGCUACAUUGCUGAAAAAUAAGACUGUACCUACCACGCCUUCUCUACAGUUCACAUAUCCAUUGUUUACUAUGAACACGUGUUCUGCUUCUGGGAGUGCUAAUCCUUCACAAGCACAGACCUCUGGAACAUCUUGCACUAUCUUGGAAGCUGCCAAACAUCAGGACCUUGGGAUACCCCGAACAUUUUCUUUCUGUUAUCAUCAGGAUAUUGAAUCCACAAAGCAGACAGUAGGUGCUAUGAAUAAAGCUUUGCCUGAGGAAGUUUGGAUUAAAGUUGGAGAAGACACGUUAUGCAAGCAAGCAAUAAGCAAAAGAAGUUGCAGCCGAAUAAGCCCAUUGGAAGCAAGCGUAGAUCGCAAACCUCUUAGUGACAUUCAAAAUAUGUGUGAGAGCCAGAGCGCUGCGCCUGCCCAGGGCUCUUGGCAGUCAGCACAGUCAAAUCCAAGUGUGCAGGUGCAGAGUGGUACACAGGAAGGAGUUGCUCAGCGAAGAGAAAGACAUAACCGCAUGGAGAGAGACAGAAGGCGCAGAAUCCGGAUUUGUUGCGAUGAACUGAAUCUGCUGGUUCCCUUCUGUACUGCUGAUACUGAUAAAGCAACAACAUUACAAUGGACAACGGCAUUUCUGAAGUACAUUCAGGAAAAGCACGGCGAUUCACUGAAACAGGAAUUUGAGACUGUGUUCUGUGGUAAAACAGGCAGGAGACUAAAACUAGCAAGUUCAGACUCAUUUGUAACGUGUCCACUGCAGGAAAACACACAUGGCUAUGGAGACCAAGUAGCUUGAACUGACUGCCUUGAACUGUAUCCAAAGUGUGGAUAAAUAAGUGACUUUUUUUUUUUCUUUCCUGUUUACAUGCUGGGAUUCAUCUGAUUGUGAUGAAUUUGCUAUGCUCCAGGAGUGACUUAAAAAUAUAACUAGUAAAAAUGCAUAAAUAGAGCUGAACAGAAAACAUUCUUAAUUCAAAAUGGAAAGAAAUUUGACUGCCAGCAAUAUAAAUCAGUGUUCUGUUACAGGGGCUUUGGGACUAGAGGCAAUAAGAAAUUGUUGUGACACCUUAUUUUUCUCUUUUUGCUCUUUUUCUGUCUGUGGUUGU